AUGUCUACAGUUGCCACUGCCAGUUCAUAUUUCGAAGAACAAUCAGCCGAACCUCAAAUUCGUCAUCGAUUAGUCAAACCAGUUGAAAACAAGAUGAUACCAUUAUUCACUCGCCGUUACACAUCAUCACGUAGUUUCUACUCAAUUCGAAAUCUUUUAUUUAUUCUGAUCUUCAUAACCUCUGUAUUUAUCCUAUACUCAUCUCUAUCAUUAUCUCCAUUGCUUCGUUUUCUCGAUCCGUAUUCUUAUGUAUUAGUGAUAGACGCAGGUUCCACUGGAACGCGUAUUCAUGUUUAUAAAUUUCGUGCAGCGACUGACAAUGAGAAUGGUGAUACAUUUGUGCUAAAGAAUGAAGUGUUCAAGGAACGUAAACCCGGUUUAUCAUCAUUUGCUGAUCAAGUCGAUAGAGCUGAAGAUCAAAUUGAUGAAUUAUUAAAAAUUGCUGAUCAAGAAGUGAGUCGCUUCAAACAUCGAAGCACGCCGCUGGUUCUACGUGCCACAGCUGGUCUACGUUUGAUUAGUGAAACAAAACAAAAACUUUUAUUAGAAAGCGUGGCAAGAAUCUUUCGAAAAUAUGGCUUUUAUCAACCAAAAAUGGAUAUUGCAAUCAUGAACGAAACCGAAGAAGGCAUUGACGCUUGGCUCACACUUGUUUAUUUGAAAGGUGAACAAUUCUACGGAAGUCGUAUCGCAGCCCUUGAUCUAGGCGGUGGAUCAACUCAGAUAACAUACAAUCCAGCUUUGUCAAAUACGACAUUGGCCGAAAAGUUGAAUCUAUUGCUGAAAGCUCAGCAACCAAUUGAACCUGAACAGAUCAACGCAUUUCGCGACCCAGCCAAUAAAAACAAGAAGCAAAUGCCAAGAAUUGAUGUCGAUCAAGCUGGUCUAGAAGAAAUCAAGCCGGUCAAAGUUGUGAAACAUCAAGAUUUUCUCGAUAAAAACAGAAAAUUAAGUGAAGAAGAAAUGCUGAUGGCCUAUAUGCAUCAAUUCCGAAUGUUUCGUCGUGAUAUCAAAUUGUACUCACGUUCGUACUUGGGCUACGGUUUGAUGAUCGCGCGUCAAACAAUAUUUAUCAACGAAACAAACGAUCAGAAUUUGAUUAAUGCACAUCAAUUAAGAAGUCGCUGUUUUCUUAACGAUGCAACGGGAAAGUUCAAGUUUCAAGAUGUUACGUGGACUGUACAAGCGCAUGGAGAUGUAAACGCUGAUGAGCGGUUCUAUUCGUGUAUGUCAUCAGUUGAUCAUUAUAUUAGUUUGAAUGUUCAACCAGCUGUUGGUCUCGACCAAAUGUCCAUCUAUGUUUUUUCAUAUUUUUAUGACAUUGCAAAUGAUGCUGGUCUUCUAUCUUCGGACGACGAUCCGUCAGCAGCAUCAGUUCGAACAAUGCCGAUUCGUGUUUUGAAACAAACAGCGAAAAACGUUUGUCGUGGUUCGACAUCGACAUCACAAGAGCAUCCAUUUUUAUGUUUUGAUUUAACCUAUAUUUACUCAUUAUUAACAAAAGGUUAUGGUCUCAAUGAAGAUAUUGAAAUUCAUAUCUGUAAAAAGAUUCAACAAUUCGAAGUAGCAUGGUCACUCGGCUUAGCGUUAAAAUUGUUAUAA